UAUCCUAGUUUAUCUUAAAGUCCCUUUUUACUGGUGGGGAGGUGCGUACAGAAUACACUUUGGUAAAGACAGGAAAGUGAAACGUGAGUGUGUGUGUGUGUGUGUGUUUGUGGUCAGAUCCCCGCCUCCCCAUUGGUCAGUGGGCAGACCCAGUGUGUGAGGAGGGGUAGGUAGAUGCAUCAGCCUCCAUCUGUUGACAGUCACACUGCAAAACGUGCAGCUUCAGGACACUGCACUCUGCUUCCAAACCAAAAAGGAGAACUUGAGGUCUGAUCUCGACGGAUUGCUGCUACACUCAAAGCCCCUGUUGGAUUGACUGCUUUGGAGUGGAUACUGAAAUUUGACAGAAUUUUUUUAUUGCAUUGAAAGGGAAUUUGCUUCCACUUUCAGGCGUGUUUAUCACCACCACCUCUGGAAAUUUGUUCCUGCAGCUGGAAUCAGAAGUCGAUUUUUUUCCUCCCUUUGCUGACUUGCUGUUUCUUGGAGCUGUGUGCUUUGCUCUCAGGAUCAGUAAGGGAGCAGUGAACUACCGGCAGUAACAGUGGGGUCAGUUCAGAGCCUGGGAGGUGACGGAGGGCGUGGAGCUGGAUGUAUGAGACGGCUUCAUGGGCCUGAAGGACCAUCUGGAGGAUGGAACAGGCCAUAUCCUCAGCCUGGAGCUGGACCUGGACUACCUCCAUGUGGACGGUGCUGAGCGGCAGGGCAGCCUAAGUGCUGCAGCGGGGGCUGGGAACAUCCUGAAGGUCAGAGGUGGAGCCUCCAGUAACAGCACCAACAGUAUUGGCAGCAGCAGCACUAGUUUCAGCUCAGAUUCAAGUUUCAGUAACAGCAGCAGUUGUAGUAACUUGUCAGAGGAGAGUGCAGUGUCCGACAGCGAAGAUGAACGACUUCAGAAUGGGUCCAGUUCUGGAUCUCAUCAAGAUCAGCCUCAUCUCCACCAUCAGGACUCUUCCUCUGUCCAUCAGCCAGUCAGGCUGGACCUGACCCUCAACCAAUCCCUGGGACCCCCCACACAGGCAGAAACACCCGCUCUGGUUGACCCCGUCACCGAGUGCCGCACCAAGGUGGAGUUCGCUCUAAAGCUGGGCUACUCUGAGGAUCUGGUGCUGCUGGUGCUGAGGAAACUGGGCGCAGACGCACUCAUCAAUGACAUCCUGGGCGAACUGGUCAAACUGGGAACCAAAACAGAGAUGGAGCAGCAAGUAUGUCCAACUGUGUCCCAGUCUCCAUCUGCUUCUUUAUCCUCCUCCUUCUCCUCUACCUCGACUUUCAACUCCUCUCUGGACUCAUGUCGGCUGCUGUGUCCAUCCCAACUCCUGGAGGACAAAGAGAACCUUCGGCCAGUCGUGGUAGACGGCAGCAACGUAGCCAUGAGUCAUGGAAACAAGGAGGUGUUCUCCUGUCAGGGCAUCCAGCUGGCUGUUGACUGGUUCCUGGAACGAGGUCACCGUGACAUCACUGUGUUCGUUCCUGCCUGGAGAAAGGAGCAGUCGCGACCCGAUGCCCUCAUCACAGACCAGGAGAUCUUACGGCAACUAGAGAAGGAGAAGAUUCUGGUCUUCACUCCUUCCCGACGUGUGCAGGGACGCCGCGUGGUUUGCUACGACGACCGCUUCAUCGUCAAACUGGCCUACGAGUCGGACGGAAUCAUCGUCUCCAACGACAACUACCGUGACCUCGCCAACGAGAAGCCGGAGUGGAAGAAAUUCAUCGACGAGCGUCUGCUGAUGUACUCCUUCGUAAAUGACAAAUUCAUGCCACCUGACGACCCGUUAGGACGCCAUGGACCCAGUCUGGAAAACUUCCUAAGGAAGAGGCCUAUUAUUCCCAGGAAGCAGCCAUGCCCAUAUGGUAAGAAGUGCACUUAUGGUCAUAAGUGCAAGUUUUAUCAUCCUGAAAGGGGCAACCACCCCCAGCGUGCAGUGGCGGACGAGCUUCGUGCUAGUGCCAAAAUUUCAUCGACAGCUUCCAGAGGUCUGCUGGAAGACGCUCUGAUGAUGAAGAGCCAAAGUCUGGGUCAAAAUCACCGAAUGGCUGAGGUCGAGCCAAGUUUGGGCACUCCAAAGAAACAGCCGAGCCACAGCCCUCAACGCUCUUUCACUGACCUUGUGGAGGACAGGCUUCAGGAGCAGUCCAAAUUGGAGGGACGUAGAGGAAGCAGCAGCAGCAGCAGUAGCUGUGGCAGCAACUAUUUUGGGCAUUUUGCUUCAGGGGCGCCACCUUCAUUUGGAAGCCUGGAUCGGUGGGAAAAUCCGGGUGGCAGUGGUGGAGGCAGUUCCAGAGUUUCUGGAGUCUCAAGUUCAAUCCAGGCUGACACGUAUCACAGGUGCAAGUCUCCUGAGCUGGGCUACAGCUCACUGGUAAAGGCCUAUUCAAGCCUCAGUCUGGAUGCCCCACAAAGUCCGGAUCACUUUUUCCCAGCUGACCUGCGAGCUGGCUCACUGCUGUUAGACUGUAGCAGUGAAGGCAGCGUCAGCUCGGACUCUUUCUCCCCUGACCUUUUAAUAGAUGAUGGCCCUAGAUGCCACCAUCACCACCACCAUCAUCACCACCCUCAUCUCCAUCAUCAAUGCUCGAGCCAGUACACCCAUGCCACAAGCCGCGCCCCACCUGGAUUGGGGCAGCACGGUCCUCAUAGCUACCCACUCCCUCAAACGUUGCAGAAACAGCUUGGUUUUGGCUUGGAUGGCCCUUUAUCCUCAGCCUCUUCUCACACACUGCCACAUUCUUUCAAAACCCCCUCAGCCCACAUCCCAUCACACCUUCAACACCCGUCAUGGAACAAUUUCCAACGGGAUUUCCUAGCUCAACCACAGUGCCCACCGCCACAAACACCCAAUUCUAACCUUCAGGGCCGCAAUACGAUGGGCUCCCUCUGGCAGGAGGGUGGGCUCCCGGACUCCCAAGCGUACGAAGGGUCACCACUUCAUUCCAACAGAGGCUACUCCGGGAUGAACCACCAACCGAUAAAUUGGGACCUCCAAUCUCAGCAGUCCCCUAAGUCUUACUAUGACCCGUUUACUUACCAGAGCAGGGGCCGGCAAGACCUUCAUCAUUCACCAGCCCGUCGUCCACCCCUCCCUCAGAUGGUCCUCACAUCCAUUUCUCCCCAUAAAAGUCACCUGCCCUCAGUCCCUCAGCACCAGAAGCCGCCCGCUUUGGCUCGAUACCCAGACCUCAGAGAGAGGAUGUUUCUCAACCUGUGCGGCAUCUUCCCUCCGGAUUUGGUGAGAAUAGUGAUGAGCAGAAACCCUCACGUGAGGGACGCUCAGGAGCUCGCAGCUUUAAUUCUGUUGGAGAAGUCGCAGCUCGGGUCUUGAAUGUGAAGUCGCAGCUGCAGUUGAAUCAGGAUGACCAUGUAUAAACCAAAAGCACAGGCUGUGCGUCUCUGUAGUCUGGAAACUGACCGUUUAUUUUCACUGCAGGGAACAAGUCGUGUCAUUAAUUUUAAUGGUAUGUUCGUAAAAGGGAAAUCUCCCAAAAUUUGCCAUAUUUUUCUAUACGUCGGCUAUUUCAGCACUUAAGACACCGAUGUGCUUCAGGAGACUUUUCACUGUGUGUAAAGGGUGACAGUGUCGUUCAUAUAAAUUAAUUUAUUUGUUACAUUUUAAGUUAUUUACCUAUUUUUUAUGAUUAUUAUUAUUGUUAUUAUUCUGUUUUUGGCACUUUUGUUGUUGUGGUUUUUCUUUUCUUUUGUUUUUUUUUUUUUGGCAAUCAUAUCAGGGUAUAAGCGCUGCUUAAAUUCACACACACUCGCUGAGACGACGGCAAAUAUUGAACAUUCCUACUACAGUGGAUUCUCUGUGCUGUGGCAGGUGGCCGAUCAGACGCUGUGGUGAUAUUUUGUGGAUUUCCCCAACAGGGAAGUGAAACUUUGCAGCACCCACAAAAAGAAGACAGCAAAAAGUCCACUCGAAAAAGCCCCCACACUGAUGUUGUUCACUUUUGAACGAGAACUUAUUUCCUCUGUUCACUCUGAAUUUUUUACAUUUUUAUUUAAUUCUUUAUAUUUCAAAACCAACCAGUCUUUUUAUUUCGUCUUUAAACUACAUAUCGAGGUGAAUGUUGUGACCAGAGAUGUUUAGGGGGGAAGAUUGUUGGUGUUAUUUUAACUUUAUUGUAGAAAAAUGUGUGUUAAUUUAUUACCUUUUUUGCCCCGUGAGGGUUUUGAAACGAACUGGACGAGAUUUGGAAAAACAACCUCUUGAAAUUAUAAUAAUAAUAAUACUAAUACUAAUAAUAAUAAUAAUAAUAAUAAUAAUAAUAAUAAUAAUAAUCUAAUAUUAUCAUGAGAGGAUCAUUUAUAUUAAUAUACAGUGUAUAUAAAAACACUGCUACAAACAUUUCUUUUACUAAUAAAUGAAAUGUACAGAUUUUAAAAAUAUUCAUUAUCAGUAUUAUUCUUUUUUUUGAUCAUCCAUAAAAUGAUGGGGGGGGAAAUGGUCAGCGCUAUUUCUGUUAAUCAUUUAAAGAGAAAAUAUAAUUAAUUUCAGUGUUUUUAAAUGACGUACAGUUUUGUUUUUUAUUCCUGCCUUUGCUGUGAAAGUAUUUCUCCUCUCUCGAUGUUUAAAGCACUUUGGGCUGCAUUUGUUCAGAAUGGAGUAAUUCUGUGAUCCUCUCUCCACCAGUGGAAUCGUGGUAACGUCUGAGGAAAGUGUCUGUGAAGCCAAAACUCUCGCCCUGGUUCAUGAAAUAUUCAGACGACGCCUCGCUUUGUUGAUACAAAUUGUAUCCUGUUAACAAGAUCAUUGUUUUAUAUGAGAAUAUAAGAGUAUUUGUGGCAAACUUUUGCCAACUCUGGUACUUUAUUUAUAUACAAACAGGCUUUUUAUUCCCCCCAAAGUGCAGGGAUGAAAGUGUCUCUCGCGCACCUUUGGAAAGUUUCUAUUGUCUGUGAAAUGAAAGCGUGUUAUUGUGUAGCUCGACUCACCUUUAAUGUUUGGUUUUAGAGGAUCACUGUGCUGAAAACCACAAGUGUUAAAGGUAUACCGCAACUUUUAGCGUUUCCUAGACUGUGAGUGUGAAUGCAGUGGAGAUGAAAUGGGGGGGUGGGGGGUUCUUGACUGAGUUAAAAAGUAGAUUUUUUUCUUGUCCCUGAAGCUCUCUCACUUUUCUUUCUAACUAUUCAGCGUUAGUUUCAGGGACAAAACCUCCCUCUUCGUUUCCAUCAUGCAGAUAAAUGUCUGAUAAAUUAGUUUACAGCCUGAGGGCCCAGGCCUGAGAGGGGGGCCCCGCAUGAACAGCUGAUUCUGUUUCAGAGGGAGCCCCUUACAAUUUAUGAUAGUUUAAAUACAGGACUGGAAAGCUAACAAUGUACGAAGCUUUCAGCUCAGCCUCUGGGUUAACAGUGAAUGUUUUGGAGCUUCCAAGACGACAUAUAAACAGGGUUAAAACGUACUUUUUCUAUUUGUACUCUUUACAUUCCAAUGAGCGACAUGAGACUGGAGUUGUUAAGUUAAGAGACUAAAUCCGCUUCCAGUGUUUUUUAACUCCACAACUAAUAAAUGUUUGGUUAAUUUCAUGGCUGACGCAUUAGCCAGUACGUUUGGAGCUGUGGUUGCAGUCAGAACUAAUGGAGCUUUUCAUUUAACAGCUAUUGGUCAAGUUGUGGCCACAAAUGAACACGGGUGACUCAUUGUCGGUUUCAACGGGUCGAAUGCGUUCCCAGGCCUUUCAAACGAACACAGAGCAGGCAGCGUUCUGACUUUGUUAUUGUUUUUUCCCCCCGAGGUUCAAAAACACUGGAUUAGUGGAGCAGUAGCUAAGUAUUUUAAAGAAAAAUGAGCUAGACUACCUAGCAGUUGGUCAGCUAACUAGUUGACUUAAAAGUUGUUCGGCCAGCUAGCUAACCAAGUGCUAGGUUUCUGCAGUUCAACAACACCAGACCAGUUUGAACGGGUAGCUAAACAUUUUAAAAUGAACAGGAGUAGUUUUGAUGUAGCCAAUGUCUCUGGAAACAGUCGGGCAGUUGUUGAGCCAGCUAGCUGAUUUAACGGUUAGUCAGCUAGCUAGAUUUCCAAGCAGUUGGUCAGCUAACUGGUCUGCUUGGAAAUCUAGUGAGCUGAACUAGAUUUUCAAGCAGUUGGUCAAAUUAGCUGAAUUGGCAGUUGGUCAGCUAACUAGCUGAACUAGCAGUUGUUCAAAUUAGCUGAAUUGGCAGUUGGUCAGCUAACUAGCUGAACUAGCAGUUGUUCAAAUUAGCUGAAUUGGCAGUUGGUCAGCUAACUAGCUGAACUAGCAGUUGUUCAAAUUAGCUGAAUUGGCAGUUGGUCUAACUACUUUUGCUGCAGAGUUGCUGUGUGAAGAUUCCUUGUGAAUUUAUAUAAAAAAACACUUUCUACUGUAAUUAUCCACUUGAAAAAAAGAGGCUAUUUUUCUAAAUGGAUGUGAUGUUUAUGUGCCUGUGUUGCUAACACACAUUGCCAAGUGUGCCAGCGUCAUGUUGGAGUUCUUAGCUACGUGAACUAAUGCGUUUAAACGAAGCAUUUCCACAAAGAUUUUUGGCGUGGUUUUCACCUCAAACAGCGAAUGUAAAAGUGUAAAUCAUUGUUUUGGACUGACCUCAAAAACCCAGCAGGGAACUCCAGCUCGUUUAGCACCAAACUUCUGCCGCUUCUCAUCUUGUUUGUUUACUCCUUCCCACUUUGCAUGUUGAGCGGCGUUCUCUCUUCAAAUAUUGUGUACCUGCGUGAGCGAGGGACAGGACACAGGGAAGUAAAUGUUUGCUGAUCCACUUUAGCACGUGAAGCUAAGUUUGCAUGAACCGAGCGUGAGCCUCGCAUGCUAACGACUUUCAAAAGGUUGAAUUACGUUUUGUUGCUCCUUUGGCUAAAAUGGCCUCUUUUGUACCAAGUUUUAUGUCAACAAUGUCCACAUUUAUUACAUUACACUCCCAUUUUUUUAUCACUAAUGUUCUGUAAUGAUGUAAGUGCUGCAUCUUCAGGGACCAAAGUCAAGUCAAAAAUGAUUUAUUGUCUUCUAAUGUUCCCCCGUUCUCAGGUCAAUGGUGCUUUUAUUAAACCAAAAUGAAAGAAAAAAAAAAAAAAAAAGGAUUUUGCCAUUGCUGCUGUUUCAGUGUGAAGAGUUUCAUUUGAAUGCGGGACCAAAAACACAUUGAUUUAGCCCAGUCUUUAAAAUGACUGGGGGUUUUUUGUUGUCUUUUUUAAUAUAAUGAUAUUUACAUUGUUUUACAGAAAGGAAUUGCUUUAAGGUGAUAUUGAAUUUGAAAGUGUUCUAUGUUCCCGGUCUGAAUUAAUAUAAUUUUUCUUUACCGUCCUGUGAUUAGUGUUUGUCUUGUACGUUGUUUAUGCUACAGGACUGAAACUCAACUGAGCUUUAGGCGAGAAAAUGUAAAACAGAAGCACAAUAAACCUGUCUUACCUACAGAAUCUGGCCAAAUAAGACGUGUUGACGGUUUUUGUGUAUGAUGUAAAAAGUGAGCAAUAAAAAGCCCUACUCCAGCUCUA